AUGCUUCGCCUAGCCACCGGAAUACGCCGAAAUGGCCUUGCAGUCCCAGGAAGGACAUGGCUGUACAAGUCACAGUCUUUGGGUCUGCGGCGCGCGGCCUCGACUGUGACGGAUCUCGACAGUUAUCCUCCGGUGGGCGAUAAGCUUCACGGCUUCACAGUCAAGGAAAGAAAGCAUGUGCCAGAGCUGCAUCUUUCUGCUAUCCUUUUGAAACACGACAAGACGGAUGCGGAUUAUCUUCAUGUCGCUCGAGAUGACAAGAACAAUGUGUUUGGUAUUGGUUUCAAGACCAAUCCUCCAGAUGCGACUGGGGUGCCUCACAUUCUUGAGCACACGACGCUUUGCGGAAGCGAGAAAUACCCUGUCCGCGAUCCAUUCUUUAAGAUGCUUCCACGAUCACUUUCCAACUUCAUGAACGCCUUCACGUCUUCAGACCAUACUACAUAUCCCUUUGCCACCACAAACAAGCAGGACUUUCAGAAUUUAUUGUCCGUCUAUCUCGAUGCUACACUUCAUCCGUUAUUGAAGAAAGACGAUUUCAGACAGGAGGGAUGGAGACUUGGACCAGAAAACCCGCGCGCUGCCGAGGUCUCGGAAACCCCAGCCAAGCAUCAGCUGGACGACAUUGUUUUUAAGGGUGUUGUCUACAACGAAAUGAAGGGACAAAUGUCGGACGCCAACUACCUCUACUACAUUCGCUUCAAGGAGAAUAUUUUUCCGGCAAUUCAUAAUUCUGGCGGCGAUCCACACUACAUUACGGAUUUGACACACCAACAGUUGGUCGAAUUCUCUAAAAAGAACUACCAUCCAAGCAACGCAAAGAUAGUCACAUAUGGUGACAUGCCAUUGGCUGAUCAUUUAAAGCAAAUUGGAAGCGUUUUGGAUGGGUUUGACAAAGGCGUGGCAGACGAGGAUGUAAAGUUGCCACUCGAUCUCAGUCAAGGCCCCACGAAAGUCACCGUUCCUGGCCCAGUUGAUUCAUUCACCAGUGACGAUCGACAAUACAAAACAUCAAACUCAUGGCUCAUGGGCGAUAUGACAGACAUUGUCGAGACCUUUUCAACGGGGAUUUUGUCUUCCUUGUUACUCGAUGGCUAUGGUUCUCCUAUGUAUCGAGCACUGAUUGAAAGUGAACUUGGUUCGUCCUUUACCCCGAACACCGGCCUUGACACUUCCGCCAGAAAGCCAAUUUUCUCCGUCGGUGUGAAUGGCGUCCGUGAGGAGGAUGUGUCUAAGGUUAAUGAGGUGAUUCGUGGCGUCUACGAAGAAGUCAUCGCUACUGGAUUCAACGAUGAAAAAGUCCAAGGUUUCCUUCAUCAGUUGGAGCUUGCGUUAAGACACAAGACAGCAAACUUCGGUAUGGGAGUUAUGGAAAAGACGUUGUCAUCGUGGUUCAACGGUAGCGAUCCGAUGAAAGAACUUGCGUGGAACGAUGUCAUCGAUGAGUUCAAAAGGAGAUAUUCCGAGGGUGGAUAUCUUGAAUCUCUCGUUCAGAAGUACCUUCUUAAUGACAACUAUAUGAAAUUCACGAUGGUAGGGUCGCCGACUUAUAAUUCCAGUCUUGAUGAACAAGAAAAGGUUCGGAAGGAUGCUAAACUUUCCGAUCUGAUCUCAGAGCAUGGCUCUGUUGAGAAAGUAAUUGCUGAAUUGGGAAAUUCCGAGCUGGAACUCCUCAAAGUGCAAGAGGAUGCGCAGCUCGCAGAUGUAAGCUGUCUGCCUUCAGUCCACGUCAGUGAUAUUUCGAGACAAAAGGAACGCAAACCUGUACGGGAGGCCAAGGUUGAUGGCGUUGAAGUCGUGUGGCGUGAAGCUCCUACAAAUGGAUUGACUUAUUUCCAAGCAUUGAAUCCUUUUGAUGGCCUCCCGAAUGAGCUGCGUUUGCUGAUGCCUCUCUUUCAUGACUGCAUCAUGCGUCUCGGUACUCCCGGAAGGACCAUGGAGCAAUGGGAAGAUCUGAUCAAGCUCAAAACUGGAGGUGUCUCCACUUCAUCAUAUUUGGUCUCAUCGCCGACUGAAUUGGGUCGGUUCAGCGAGGGUCUUCAGAUUAGUGGAUAUGCUCUUGAUAAAAAUUUACCUACGAUGCUGGACAUCAUCCGCAUUCUAAUCACAGAAACUGACUUCACCAGCGAGGCGGCUCCGCGCAUGAUCACUGAGUUGCUGCGAUCCACAACCAAUGGCGCUCUGGACGCAGUCGCAGGCACCGGUCAUCGUUUCGCAGUCAAUGCUGCAGCGGCUACAUUGAACAAAAGCUUCUGGGUUCAGGAACAGCAAGCCGGGUUGGCACAAUUGCAGGCAACUGCUAACCUUUUUAACGAUGCCACAACUUCACCCGAAAAGCUCGGGGAAAUUCUCAAGAAGCUACGUCUGAUCCAAAGCUUUGCCAUUUCUCAGUCAUCUAAACUUCGCGUCCGCAUGGUUUGCGAAGCUGAAAGUGCUGCGGAAAACGAGCAAUCGCUACAGAAAUGGCUCGGGGCUCUUCCACAAUCAAGAAUCGUGUCUGAUUUCAAGGAAGAACUCGCUGGGAAGAUCGCCAGUUCUCCUGGAAACGUUCUUUACGACAUGCCGUACAAGGUAUAUUAUUCCGGUCUUGCCACGGAAACCGUGCCCUUCGUCGAUCCAGCCAGCGCGCCGUUGAGCGUACUCUCUCAGCUUCUGACGCAUAAGUAUUUGCAUCCGGAAAUCCGUGAGAAAGGAGGUGCCUACGGCGCCGGAGCCAGCAACGGACCUCUCAAGGGAAUAUUCACGCUGUCCAGCUACCGGGAUCCAAAUCCAGUGAACACGCUGAAUGUCUUCAAGAAGACGGGAACAUUCGCUCGGGAUCGUUCAUGGACAGAGCAAGAACUUGAAGAGGCGAAGUUGAGCAUUUUCCAAGGUCUCGAUGCUCCAACGAGCGUCGACGAGGAAGGAGCUCGAUACUUCAUGAGCGGCGUCACCCAUGAGAUGGACCAGCGCUGGAGAGAGCAAGUUCUAGACGUAACCGCGAAGGAUGUAAACGAGGUUGCGCAACGGUUCCUUGCCGGAGGAGCACCUCGUCGUCAAGCAAUCUGUGUGCUGGGAGAGAAGAGAGAUCUCUCUACUCCCGGUGCUACCAAUAACGAAUGGACCGUGAAGAAGCUAUCUUUGCAGUCACAAGAAGCUGAGAUAGCAGCAGAUGAGUUUGAGAGCGCCAGCGCUGCUUCAGCGUAG